UCAGCUGAGAGAUUCAAGCUGUUGGACGUCUUGUGGGAGGAGGAGGAGGAAGAGGUCAUUUCACCGGCGGACACCGAAGGACAGAGGCUCGCAGGAGCUGCCCAGUGUGCAUCCGUCAGCUGCUGAUAAUCAUGGCGAGCACUGUGAUGGAGAGAAUCAGCCGAGUGUUCAUCAGCCUGCAGCAGAUCCGGCAGCUUCCCCGAAUGCUGACUGAGGCUGCGCCCUCCAUGCCCGGCACUCUCAGAGACACUGAGGUUCCCUCCUACUUCAGGGAGCGCUACGUCUGCGCCGGCUACCGGCCGCUCAACCAAAACUGGCGCUACUACUUCCUGUCCUUGUUCCAGCGCCACAAUGAGACCCUCAACAUCUGGACUCACCUGCUGGCAUUUUUAGUGUUGCUGAUCAAAUUGCGCCAGCUCGCCGAAACGGUGGACUUUGCCGAGGACCGCCAUUCGUGGCCCCUGCUCAUCCUCAUCCUGUCCUCUCUGACCUACUCUGCGUUCAGUGUAGCUGCUCAUUUACUGGGGGGGAAGUCUGAGCUGUGCCAUUAUUGUUUCUACUUUCUGGACUAUGUAGGGGUAGCGCAGUACCAGUACGGCAGUGCUGUAGUCCAUUUUUACUACGCCGUGGAUGAAAGCUUGCAUGCACUGGUGAGUGGAAUCUUCAUGCCCACUGCCACUGUCCUCAGCUGCCUUUCGUGCCUGGGAUGCUGCUACGGCAAAUACUGCAACCACACUCUACCGACGUGGGUGCGUAAGGUGUGCCAGGUGGUGCCCUCAGCGCUCGCCUAUACCUGGGACAUUAGUCCAGUGGCCAAGAGACUCUUCUUGUGGUCCAGCAAUGAUCCAGCCAUUAUCUACCACUUUGGCCAGGUGGCUUUCUUUCUCAGCUGUGCCUUCUUCUUCACCUGCCCUCUGCUGGAGCGCUGUUUCCCUGGACGGUGCGAUUUUGUGGGACAGAGUCAUCAAAUAUUCCAUGUUUUCUUAUCCUGCUGCACCCUGUGUCAGGUCCGUGCCUCCUACCUGGACUUUGUGGGCCGCAGGAAGUUGUACACAAGUCUGCGUGGAAGUGGUGAUGCUGCUAUGUUUGUGGGGCUGUAUGUGGUCACUUUGAUUGUAUGUGUAGUAAUUGCUGCCUUAAUGCUGAGGAAAGUGAAACAAGUGCUGGACUUCCAGUCAAAGUCCAAAUAAUAGAGUACGUGGCGUUUAUAGAAAGGGAUUAUUUUUGCUGCAUUCCUUUUAUUUUUAGAAUAACACUGAAUUUUCAUGUAUUAACAAAGUCUGGUGCUCUAUUUGAAAGAGUAAGAUUCUUACAGUUUAGGAAGAUUAUUAAAAAAGAAAUCACUGCCUACAUGUUAUUCUAUCCAUUUACAGUCAUUUAAGUAGAUGGCAUAUGCUUGGAUUUGUUAAAUUGCCAUGUUGGUGGGAUGGUUUAGUAGUGAAGUGAAGGGUCUUUAUUUUUGAUGUGUUGAAAGUGCCUGACUGGUUUUCAGAGAGUGGCCAUAUUUUAUUGAGUGGAUCUUUCCUGUGGUAGAUUUGGUGGCCUCUCUCGAAUAAGCUGAAGAAAACUGAUUAUUUUAUUAAUUUUUUUUCAAAUGACAGCUGUAGAUAUUGUUUAAAGGUGACUGCU